CUGGUGCUCGUUGGACGGGAGGAGGACGCCGAAGAGGAACUGAGGGCUCAGGCCAGGGCAGCAGGCCUGGAAGACGAGAUUGUCUUUGCCGGUGAGGUCGACGACGAAGACCUGGGUAAUUGGUAUGAAGAGUCCGAUGUGUUUGCCCUCUUUUCCCAGUACGAGGCCUUUGGACUGGUCUAUUUCGAGGCCAUGCUGGUCGGGCUUCCGGUGUUGACCCACGAAGUGGGAGCCAAUCGGGAGUUACUUACCCAGGGUGCGAGAGUGGUUCCCCGGUUUGACAAGGAAGCCGCAGUUUCAGAGUUGGUCCGCCUGGUCAACGACGAGGAACACAGGCGUCAACUCUCUGAAGAAGCUCAGGAGUAUGCCCUGAAGGAAUUUACCUGGUCGGUGGUGGCCGACAAGUACCUGGCAGUUUACCGGGGCGAUGAAGCGGGAGGCAGCUAA